AUGUCCGAUCACAGUACUACGACCCAUGCUACGGCGUCCGCGGGAACCGACGCGCUCCGCAACCCUGGUCCAGUGGUGCGGGCGAAUAGUAUGCGAGAUGGACUACUCAAUCGUGGACGGACUCUCGGUAUUGGAUGCUGGAAUGUGCGAACGUUCCUGGACCCUGGUACCCAAAUUCUGACCGCACGCAGCCUUUAUCAGUACAACGUGGAUGUCUGCUGUCUGUCUGAGGUUCGACUCCCUGACUCAGGCUCCCGUAAAAUAAAGAUCCCUGGAGUCGAAUCACACUAUAUCCUGUACCACAACGGCCCGCGCGAUUCCUCUGGUCGACACGGUGUGGCGAUCGCCCUAUCUCAACAAGCGGACCUCGCGCUACUUGCUUGGGAACCCGUCAAUGACCGGAUGGCCUACGUGCGACUGAAGGGUCACUUCACGAACAUCUCAACCGUUUCUGUGUACGCACCAACUUCGGCUGCCGAACAGCGCGAUAAAGAGGCGUUUUACUCUCAGUUGCAAGCGCUAGUUGGAAGAGUGCCUCGCCGCGAUCUGCUGAUUGUUGCUGGCGAUUGGAAUGGUCGAACUGGACCUGGCGACCCCACAACCAGUCAUCUUCUUGGCUUUGGGCUUGGCUCCCGAUGCGAAAAUGGUGAGAGAUUGCUGAACUUCGCUGAUCGAAACCGACUGCUUGUCACCAACACAUGUUUCCAGCAUCGCCAGAAACAUCUGCUGACCUGGUAUUCAAACGACGGUCUUACGGCCAGUCAGAUUGACUGCAUAAUAGUCAGCUCAAGGUUUCGCAGCUGGGUUCAUGAUAGCAGAUUGAAGCGUGGUGCCGAGACUGGUAACGCCCAUGGGUCGGACCAUGUCCUUGUUCGUACACGCUUGAAAGUUCACCUUCCAUCUCCGCUAAAAAUGCCACGUCGUAGACGCUUCGAUGUCUCAAAAAGCCGGCAAAUCAGCACUGUCGAGGCCCUGAGCCGAAAAAUGCGAUCCUGUUUUAUGACCCGGGCCGACGGAGAAGUUAGUAACCAGUGGUUGUCACUGAAGACUUCAGUUUAUGAGGCAGCUGAGAAAAUCCUUGGAUACAACCAACGACGCCGCAGUGACUGGAUCAGCGGGAGAACCCUGCAGUUGUCUGCUCAGACGGCUAGAGCUAGGUCCCGCAACGAUGAUUACUUCCGCCAACUUCGGAAGAUGACGGCAAAAUCGGCCAGGGAUGACCGGAAUCAAUAUUGGACUGAAAUAGCGACCUCCAUGGAACAGUUCUCGAACGUUGGUGACACUCGAAAGCUCUACCGUCUGAUCCGCCAAGUUAGCGGUAAGCCCUCUACACUGAGUGACUCUGUUUGCGAUGUGAACAGCGGCUUUAUUGCUGACAAGUCGGCCAAAGUCGAGCGCUGGCGUGAGCACUUUGAGCACCAUCUCAACUUCGAUGCCCAACCUACCUCGCCAUUGCUCUCCUCGUCAGCGGAGUUUCUUCCCUCUCCUACCUAUGCAGUGCCAUGCGAUCCCCCCUCCGAGGGAGAAGUCGCCCAUGCCAUACGAAAGUUGCGCAACAAUAAGGCACCCGGAGAGGACGGUAUACCCGCUGAAGCCUCAAGUCUUAUGUCGACACUCCGGCGCCCUGGCUCCAUGAGGUGA